CUAUUAUUGCCCAACGCCAAAAAAAACUGGCAAGACAGCAGAGCAGACUGCAUUGGGCGAGGCGGGGACCUUCUCGUGAUCAAGAACCUGCAGGAACAGAUACUUAUAAGUGAUAAUGUUCCAAAAGCGAGCUCCAGUUCACGUUUGUGGUGGCAGAAUGGAUUCUGGAUGGGUCUACGAGACACCGAGUCACGGGGAAAAUGGACAUGGAUAAACAACACGACUGCCAUUGAAACAGGGUACUGGAGGAAUCACCAGCCCACCACCAUUGGACUUCAGACUGGGGACUGUGCAGCUUUUAUUUACUUUACAGACGCCACAAAAACAUGGUACAAUGGAAACUGCCAGGACCAUCUGUACAACUGGAUAUGCGAGAUGGAGGCAAAGCCCUUUGAGGAGAACUGAACGUAAUCAUGCUCAUGCAAAAUGUCCAAUAAACCUAAGCGCAUAAAAGCCCCAAAUGUAA